GCGCAGAGAGCGACGAUGGCCGCGGCGAUGGCCGCGCGCGCGGCGGCGACUACGUCCGCGAGCGCGUCUCCUCGCCCCCCAUGGCGGGCGAUUCGCGCGCGCGCGCGAGCCGCCGACCGGCGCCCCCUCCGCGCCGCGCCGAGCGAGGAGAGCGCUUCUUCGUCCUCCGCGACGACGUCUUCCGAGAGCCGUGGUCUUCCGAGCCGCCGCCCCUCGCAUCAGAUGGACGACCUGUGCGACGAUUACGACGUCAUCGUCGUCGGCGCGGGCCACGCCGGGUGCGAGGCCGCGCUCGCGAGCGCGAGGAAAGGCGCGCGGACGCUCCUCCUGACGCUGUCGCUCGACCGCGUCGCGUGGCAGCCGUGCAAUCCCGCGGUCGGCGGGCCCGCGAAAUCCCAACUCGUGCACGAGGUGGACGCCCUCGGCGGCGAGAUCGGGCGCAUCGCGGACAAGACGUACCUGCAGAAGAGAGUUCUGAACGCGUCGCGCGGGCCCGCGGUGUGGGCGCUGCGCGCGCAGACGGACAAGUGGGAGUACUCGCGCGAGAUGCGCGCGCGUCUGGAGCGCGAGCCUUUAAUCGCGAUUCGCGAAGGCAUGGCCACCGAGCUCGUCCUCGGCGACAACGACGACGUGAAGGGCGUGAAGACGUUCUUCGGGAUGACGUUCACAUCGCGCGCGGUGGUGCUGACUACCGGGACGUUCAUGUCCGGCCAGAUAUGGGUCGGGAGGAAGACGCUCGCGGCGGGACGCGCGGGCGAGGCCCCCAGCGUCGGUCUUACGGAGUGCCUCGUCGACCUCGGGUUCGAGACGGACCGGCUGAAGACGGGCACGCCCGCGCGCGUGGACUCCAGGAGCAUUCAGUACCGCGGGCUCGAGAGGCAGCCCGGGGACGAGGACGUGCGGUGGUUCACGUUCGACGAGAAUGCGCACGUGGCGCGGCCGCAGAUGGACUGCCACCUCACGCGCACGACGGCGGAGACGCACGCGUUGAUCAGGGAGAACCUUCACGAGACGCCGACGUACGGCGGCUGGGUCGGCGCGAAAGGGCCGCGGUACUGCCCGUCCAUAGAGGAUAAGAUCGUGCGAUUCGCGGAGAAGGACUCGCACCAGAUAUUCUUGGAGCCCGAGGGGAGGGACGUCCCGGAGGUGUACGUGCAAGGGUUCAGCACCGGUCUCCCCGAGCGUCUGCAGCUGGCGCUGCUUCGAACGCUCCCGGGGCUGGAGGCGUGUAAGAUGCUUCGCCCCGCGUACGCGGUGGAAUACGACUUCCUCCCCGCGUACCAGUGCGGCCCGACGCUCGAGACGAAGAAGAUCUCCGGACUCUUCUUCAGCGGGCAGAUCAACGGCACGACCGGGUACGAGGAGGCCGCGGGGCAAGGGCUACUCGCGGGCGCCAACGCCGCCGCCGUCGCGCUCGCGACGUCGGCGCUGAUCCUCCCCAGGGAGAGCUCCUACCUCGGGACGCUGAUCGACGACCUGUGCACGAAGGACCUGAGAGAGCCGUACCGGAUGCUGACGUCGCGGUCGGAGUACAGGUUGGUGUUGCGGUCGGACAACGCGGACGCGCGGCUCACGCCGCUCGGCCGCGAGUGCGGUUUAGUCGACGACGACCGGUGGCGUUUUUUCACGGAGAAGCGAGACGCGAUGGAGCGCGAGACGACGCGCCUGACGACGACGAGAGUAAAGAGCGACACGCCGCUCGCGCAGCGCGUCAUCGACAUCUCCGGCGCGAACGCGGCGAAGCCGAGCCGGCAGUCGUUCACGCUCAGGGAACUCUUACGCCGCCCGCGGGUGUCUCACGCGACGUUCGCGGAGUACGGUCACGGCGGCGACGAAAAUUCGCUCUCUCGGUGGGCCGCGGAGGCGGUGGAGACGGAGGUGAAGUACGAGGGGUUCAUCAAGCGGCAGGAAGUCCAGGUCGCGAAAGUCGCGGGGAAGAUGAACAAGGCGAUCCCGAAGGACGUGUGCUACGCGGACGUGACGACGUUGCGGAUGGAGGCGCGGGAGAAGCUCGCGAAGAUGCGUCCGACGACAAUCGGGCAGGCGAGUCGCAUCGGGGGCGUGACCCCCGCGGACGUGGCGAGUCUGCUCGUGCACUUGGAGGUGGGCGCGCGACGCGGCGCGGGGAAGGAGAAGGGGGAGGAGAAGGAGAAGGAGAAGGGGGGGAUCGAGGAGGAUCAGACGGUCGUAGAGGCGGCGCCGCCGAGGUGA